AUGGAGUGGCUUCUUCCGAUCAAGCAGGGCGCGUCUGUCGCCAUCGGGGGGAUGAGCGAGGAGAAGGAGGUGCGCGUGCUGGACUGGCGAGAGGAGUUCCACUCGUCGCCCAUCUUCGGCGCCACGUCGCACCGGUCCCGCAUGGUCAGCCUGUCGGCGGCCACCGGCCACGACAGCCAGCCCCUGGACCCCUACUUGACCGAGCAUUUCCUCGAGGAGGGCGAGCCCGGCGGGGAGAGCAACUUGUACGACCUUGUCGUCCACCAGACCAACGGUUGGGUCAUGGAGCAGAUUUGGGGGUUUGGCAUGGUGAACGAGCAGAGAUGGCUUAUGAGGACCAUGGCUAUCAGGAAAGACGGCGGGGUAGUCAAUGCUAGGGCUAUUUAUGAGUGGAAGGGCAAGGAGGAUGGCGGGAAAUAG